AAUUGUGCAUGAAGCCUGCUACGCUUCAUUUGGUGCUUCGUCUGGCGUACUCCUACCUUGUAAUCCUACCAACUUUAAAACACAAAAGAUUCAAUUUUAAAAUAAUGGUGCCGAGGACACUGUACUUGUCAUGCUGACCGUCACAGGGUUGGUAGCACUCCUAGCUACAUUCGCUGUUGCACUCACUCCAAAUCAGUGCAAUCUGACGGUUCUGUACGAGUCUCACUGUUCUGACAGUCGGAAGUUCAUACGCAACGUUCUUGCCCCGGUCUGGCCCUUGUUGGAGACGCAUUGCACUCUCGAGCUGGUUCCUUUUGGGAAAGCACGGAGUAAUGAAUCCGGCUUUGUCUGUCAUCAUGGAGAAAAAGAGUGUAAAAGUAAUAUGGUGAUGUCCUGUGCUAUGAGAAAUCUAUUAUCAAGUCGGCAGCAGAUGGACUUCGUCAGCUGUUACAUGGGUGACCCAGAUUACGGCGGCAUUCAGUGUGCAGAGAAGACUGGAUUGUCGUGGGCGGACGUAAAAGCCUGCAUGCAGUCAGGUGAAGGAACACAGCUCCAAAAAGAGGCAGAGGCAAAAAGUUACGCUACUCGAAUUUCCCACUAUGUACCAACAGUAGUAAUAAAUAAAGUAUACAAACCGACAGAGCAGAAUGAAGCAGUGAGAGGGAAGUUUAAUGAAGUUAUGUGUAGAUAUACACGAAGUUCUGACAUAUGUUCUCUGGCGUGAUUUAUAAAAAUAAAUUUUUUUGUUUA